AUGGCCGCCGCGAAUGGCGAGGUUGCCAACGACGAUACAGCACCCCAGGAUGACUUCACCCAGAGAGGCCCCCCGGGCACCAUCCUGCCUCCCAAGUCGAUGCGGGACAUGAUCGAGAAGGUGGCAGCAUAUAUUGCACGCAAUGGAAAGACGUUCGAGGACAAGGUGAGAGCGGGAGGCGCUGCAAAGACUGCAUACCUCGAGCCGGAAGACGCCUACCACGCCUACUACAAAUGGCGUGUCGACGAGAUCAAAUCUGGUCGCGGACUGGAUGCGAACGCGCAGAACAUUGCCCGCAAGACAGACCCGAACUUCGCCGGCAAAGAAACACUGAAGCCACCACCGGAAUGGCAGUUCAGCGCUCGUAUGCCCAACAUCAGUGCGCAGGAUAUGGAGAUUGUCAAGCUUACUGCCUUGUAUGCGGCCAAGAAUGGCAGGAGCUGGGUCACUGGUCUGGCGCAGAGGGAAGGACACAACUACCAAUUCGACUUUUUGCGACCGCAGCAUUCGCUCAACAACUUCUUCAUGCGAAUGGUGGAUCAGUACAAAGACUUGCUUGAGGGAGAAACGGCGGAUCAUGGUGCGCCUCAGAAGAAGCGCGUUGCGGGGUUGCAAGAGCAUGUCACAAACCGCUUCCACGUUCUCGAGAGUGCGAAGAAACGCGCACACUACCAGCAGCAUCUGGAGAAGCAAAAGGUGGAGAAGGAAGAGAAAGCCGAGAAGGAGCGGAUAGCCUUCGCACAGAUCGACUGGCACGACUUCAGCGUGGUGCAGACGGUCACCUUCGAUGCGGCAGACGAGCAGGUCGACCUCCCACCACCAAAGACACUCAACGAUAUGCUGUCGCUGAGUCUGGAAGAGAAGGCCAACAUGCGUAUUGAUCCGAACAGAAGACUCGAGGAGUCGGUACCUGGCUUCGAUGAUUACGAAAACUUCUACGGCCAGCAACAGCAAUUCCCCGCAGCUCAAAUGCCGCAGGGAUACAACCCUCAGGCACCGGCUUCGGCUUCGGCAUCGCCAUCGCAAGGCACGCCGUACGCACCACCACCAUCAGAAGUACCGACCGUGCAAGCUGAACGUGAGCGGAUACGUGCAGCUGCAGCUGCCAACAAGCAGCAAGCACGCGUGCGCACCGACUACGUUCCACAAGCUCAACUCCGAAACCAGAUGCAAAACACCUCGAUAUGUCCAAUCUGUAAGCAGCCAAUUCCAAACAAUGAAAUGGAGCAGCACAUGAAGAUCGAGGCACUAUCACCAGAAUGGCGAGAACAAAUGGCCAAGAAUCAGCAUCGAAGUUCCACCACCAACCUCAACACUGCCGACGUUGCGAACAACCUCAAGCGUCUGGCGUCUCAACGAGCAGACGUCUUCGACCAGGUCACAGGUCAAGCGUUGAGUCCAGAGGAACAGGAGCGACGAAAGCGAGCAGAGUUGGGAGCCUACGAUGGCAUCAGUCAGGCGCCGAAUCCUGCAGCUCUGGGUGCGAUGGGACAACCGCCUCCAGGAGCCUUCCCACCUGGUGCUCAGCCGACAGAUGUUCAGCAGCAGAUCAGACAGCUGCAUGAGAGGUACAAGAGGUGA